UUUAAGUUUCUUUCCUGGGAGCGAGAAGAUCACGAUUUAUCAACAGAGGCCUCACAGAUAAGUGAGGAGAGACUGAGCCUUGUGUUAAAAGAAACACAGGAGCAUCAUGAGAGAGAAAUAGACUAAAUGCAGAGCUCUUUGUCCCAGAGGAAGGAGCCGGCCCGCUGCAGGAAGGAGUGCGCUGAGACUUUAGGAAAGCUGCAGAAGAAGAACCAGGAGCUGCAGAGACACUUAGAGAAAGCCUGUCGUCAGCUGCAGCACCGCGUCCGGGAGCACAACUCUGCCAUGCAGCAUCUGAAAGAUGAGCAUGAAAGCAGCUUGAAAACCAUGAAGGAGGAACAUCUGCAGCAGCUGGAGGAGGUGAAGAGAGCCAAAGAAUCCUCAGGGAGUUCUGAUCACCAACAAAAUACGCAAGGCCUAGAAGAGAUGGAGCAGCAAUACGUGACGACUGUAGAAAAGAUCAGAGGAGACAUGCUGCGUUACCUCCAGGAGAGUCAAGAGCGAGCAGCAGAGAUGAUCCGCGUGGAGGUGCAGAGGGAGAGGCAGGACACCGCCAGGAGGAUGCGGCGCUAUUAUCUGACCUGUCUGCAGGAGUUACUGGAGGACGGGGGAAAGAAUACAGGGGCUGAGAAGAAAAUAAUGAAUGCUGCUAGCAAGCUGGCAGCCAUGGCUAAAGUACUGGAGACGCCUGUCAGAAUUAAAUCUUCAAAGAACUACAGCUUACAAAGUAGAAAUGCAGGUUUCAGUAAGAACCCGUCGACUCUCCCUGAGCUCCCUGACAUCAGGCCAGAGAGAUCGCACAGGGAAAAGACUUCAGAGCAGAAACAAGUCGCCACACCGAGGACGAAACCUUCGAGUCACAAAGACCUUCCUGCCACUGAGAAGGAGGCAGCGGCAGUAGAUGCAAGACUGAAAACUGCUGGUAACGCACAUCUCCGCUCUUACAAACCUUCACAGCAGACGAAUUCAUGCCAGGGGGAUUUUGUCGAUGCGUCUGUGAGGAGUAAAAACAGAGAGCUCUGCCUGCAGGGAGUCAACCGCCUUGACUCAGAGCGACAGAGCCAACCGCUCCUCAUCCAGGAGGCUCCUGUCAGAGACGAGAGGAGGACGGACUGGAGCAUGAGCAGCAGUGACUCGGACGCAGGCUUCCAGGCCUCCACACUCUCUUACUCAGGGAGGAAAGUGGAGCAGGUGAAGCCUUUUUCUGUCUCUGCUACGUCAGCCUGUCACCUGGGAGAGUUUGGUAGACUCACCCCGAACGUUUCUGACCUGACUGUCUAUAAUGAAAUUGCCAAAAAGACACCUCACACCCAGACUUUGAGCAUUCAGCAUGCAAAGCUCAGCACACACCGGGAGCCCACGCCUGGCUCCGAGGGCGAGGAGCAGCGGGGGGGCCGUCCCCGGCCUCAGUUCUCUGAGCUGAGACAACGGCAGCAGGACAGCGGCUUCGACAGUCCGUUCUACCAGCAGAAAUGACAAAGUGAGGGCAGGUAUGAAGUGAAGUAGGCAGAUAAACUUUGAACUAAGUUCUAACAAUUUCAGUAAACUUACAUUAAUGUGCCUUUUUUUAAUUAAGUGUUUAAAGUUUACUCGAUGUAGAACCGUUGCCUUCAUGGAUGUUUGCAGUGUGUGUCUUUGUGUUGCUUUAACAUUGUUAACAGAAUAGUUUGACAUUUAGGAAAUUGGCUUAUUUGCUUUCUUGGCAAGAGACAUUGAUGGAGAUUGAUACUCUCAGACACUCAGUCUUGAGUUCGCAAAAUAUAAACCUGCAGCCAGUAACCUAAGUUUAGCGUACAAACUGGAAAUGAGGUGGAAAAUCAAAUCCAAUUGGGAUUUCCAAAGUUCGCUAAAAACAACCCACCAGAACAGAAUGUUUGUUUACAAAACAGUGUCGAAUAUAAUUGAGUAGAAUAACAAAUUGUAAUGUUAUGGGGGCUUAUGUGAUGAUAUAGUUCCAGUAAUACUGUGAGUUAACCAAACAAGAAAUAGUAAACAAAUUAAAUAUAAUUUACACAAGAAAUAAGGUUCAGAGAGACACAGGCUAGUUUUCUCCACAUGUUCCCAGCUUUUGUGCUACGCUAAGCUAACUUUACAGACAUGAUAGUGGUUUCAAUCUUAAUUUACCUCUCGACAAGAAAGCAAGUUAGCGUUCCAAAAGGAACUUUUUCUUUAAUGCAGAAAUUGUUCCAGUGUUUCCAAAGAAACAACUUCUAUGUCCUGGUCCAGAUCAUCUCAGAACAGGCGUAACACUCCUUUAAACAAAACAACAUAUUUGUUUUGUGAUUUGUUUAUUAGAUCUCUCAUAUGCCUGUUGAACAUUUCAGUGUAGCUUUAAAGCUGCAGGUGUUUGUUCGCAAUGUCAGUGAGGCACUUAGAAGUGAUCCUUUCAUAAAGUAUAUGUGUAUUUUUAGAAAAAUAUUACAGGUCAAACGCUGUCCACACUGUAAUAUUUAACUUGUGAUACCUUGAAGACUGAUACUGGCAGGUCACUGCACCCUGUACUGUAGACUGCCACAGAGAACUAGAUUAAGUGUUCUGCACCUCCGUCGUUAUGCCUGUUUUUAUAUUUUCAUAUAUUUUAUAUAACGUUAAUGAGAUAUGCUGUGCGUAGAUCAUAAAUGUUUGUUUUUUUAUAAAUGUAUUUAAUUUGUUUUAAUAAAUAUUAUCAUAUGCUUGCAAAUUAA